CAUAUCUAUUACUCAAGUUUGUCUUUUUCUGGCCGUGUUACAAAUAAUGACGGAUGUGAAGUCAUUGGCCUUGAGAGGUCCACUGAAUUGCAGUUCUGUGAUCCGAACUUUCAACGCCUCAGAAAAACCAAAGAUCUGCCUGAGAAGAGUCAGUCUUGGAGAGUUCAUGUUGGAAAUGUAGAUGUUAAAGUUGAUAACAUACUCAUAUCAUUGAAUAGACCGCUACUCUUCCGAAAUUGUAUUUAUUUGAUUGGCGAACAAAAUGAAUUCUACGGCCUCUCUACUAUUUUUUCAACAAAGACGUUCAAAAUCACGACCGACGUGGAGGGCGAGCCUCGCAACCCGACCGAGUUGCGCACGAAACUGAGCGCAGGAAUAGUGCGCCGGCUGCUGCUGGCCGUGGGUGCCACCCUCACCGAUGCCUGCACCCCCACCCCCACCCGGCUGCACCUCGGGCUGAAGGCUCCUCCUGUCGACAAGGAGUGCUCGCUCUCGCUCAACUACCUGCUCGUGUCCAAAGUGCUCAACAGCGACUCCAUGACUGCCGACGAUUACUUCUUAAGAACGGAGCGCAUGAUGAAGUUGAAAGAUGACAUGAACUUCAGCCUGGGAAAAGAAGAUGAUCGGAAGAUUGUGGACGCGGUUCUUCGUUUCGAACUUCUGAUGACGAAAUUGAGUCAGCCGGUUAAACUCAGCAAUCAGACGGACAGAAUCAAAGGUGCAGUCUACAUAAUGUACAACUUUGUCAGACUGAAAGCAAUACUGAACCAAUUUGAAUCGAAUGUUACCUCAGGGAUCUAUCCACCCGUACCACCCUUUCAUCAAAUCGAUUUCCAGCAGUUAGCUUGCGAGGAAGAAUGGCAUAUCAUGUUCUGCUACUUGUUUGAUUGGCCACAAGUUGUGAGGACAGCUUGUGAGUCGCUCUCCUCAAAGUGCCAUAUCCACACGAUAUUCAUGUUUCUGGCCAAACUAUCUACGAAUUUCAGCUCUUAUUACGCAAAAGAACGCAUAUUGACAGAAAACAGAGAACAACUUUUGCCAGUGAUGUUUGCAAGGAUUUGUCUGAUGAAGGCCAUCGUAAGAGUAAUGGAGAAUGCAUUCACAAUUGUCGGCAUUAGUCCUCUGUCUAGAAUGUAGAAACAUUGUCUUCCUCCAGCAUUUUUGUCCUUCCUACGUACUGUAUUUGGAAUUCAACUGGCAUGUUACAGAAAAGAUACGGCAAAUUCUUGAGGCUGUGCAAAAGGCUAAAAAAAAACUUUCUACUCGUGAUAUUUUUCGAUUUGUAUAUCAUCAAGCUAUCAUAAUGAAAAAGUUUUCUCAGGAAAACAUUUUUUCACCGAUCAUUAUUUUUUGAGAUAUGAGCGCCGGAAGUUUGAAUUUUUGGGACAGAACAUUUCAAAUUCAUGGAUUUAUCUCUUACCGAAUUUGAAAUGUUCUGGCACAAAAAUUUUAACUUUAGGCGCUCAUAUCUCAAAAAGUAAUGAUUGAAAAAAAAUGUUUUCCUGAGAAAACGUUUUAAUUUUGAUAGCUUGAUGAUAUACAAAUCGAAAAACUUCGAAAAAUAUCACCAUUAGAAAUUUUAUUUUUAGCCUUUGCACAGCCUUAAGCCGCAAGUUUCCCCCAACAUAGUUCUUGAGCUGUUGGAAUCUUGAAAAUUCUAGUAAACCUAGUCUAGUAGGAUACUGGACAAACCAUAACCCUUAUCAAAUUCAUCUUUGCUGGUCAAUGCAUGAUAUUAAUGGAAUUUACAAAAAAUUUAAAGUAGUCAUCGAAUAACUUGAGUAUUUUUAUUGAAAGUCGAUGUGAUAUUAUGAUUCAAAAAACUGUGUCAGUUAUAUCAAGUGUAUCAGUAUUUUCGAAUAAUUUCGGUUUUCGACUUGUGAAUUUGCCUUACAAACAGCAUAACCCUGAAUCCUUUCACAAACCUCAUAGCAUACAUUUAUAAAAGAAUUUACUUGUGUGAACAGUGAAAACUCUAGUUUGCUAUUCAUUCAUGAAAACUGGUUAUAUAAGUUAUAAAACUGACAUCAAACCCAUUUCUCUAGUUUUGAAGUAACGUCGAAUUAACAACUUUACACUAAUUUUAAAAAUAGUGUAUAAUAUUACAAAUUAUUUUCACUAUCUCGUAAAACAGUCCAAGACUGUAAUCAACAAUACGGUAGUUUAUAUGUUAAUCAAGAAAAUAGUCAAAUAUUUAUUUUAUUACAAAUAUAUCUACAUUGACAUUGAUGAUAGCUUAUAUUUUGCAAAACACUAACUCUAGGCCUAUUGGUUAGGGCCAUAAGUGUCAAUGAUUUUGGUUUUAAGAGAUGAUAAAUUUUGAAUUAUACAACACUGUGAUAUGAUAAA